CUUAAAGGGAACUUAGCGAAUUGUGUGGAUUAUGGCUGGGACAACAGAUAUCUGAUGUAACUAAGAAAUCACCUGCUUCUUAUAUAUCUCAGCAAAUAGGCAAUGUUUGCUUUGGUAAACGAUACGUGCAUAACACUUGUCCAGCGUCAGUUGGCGCUGCCGAGCUCAGUCUCUGCACUUGACGGGCUUUCAACGGACACAGUCACAUUGGUGUAUCUCUUAGCUAGUGUUAGUACCUUUUAUACCUUCAAGCAAAUCAGAUUAGAUAUUUGUACAAUGGGCAGCAGCUUCGAUGGCACGGCUUUGCUGUGCGGGAUAUUCAGUGUAGCCUACAUAGUGGUUAUAACAUUUGCAAUAUUUACAAUAAUAAUGUGCUAAAACAACAUUAAAUGUGAAAUUUUGUUUGUAUUUAAUGCCUAACCCAUGCUGGAUAAUUCAUUUAUAUACCCUUAAGUUGUUGUGGACAAAAUGACGCAUAUGGUCGGCUCCUAUCCCCCUAAAAAGGAAAUACAAUCCUAUUUGACGCCAGCUGAGGAGGCGCCCUCGGGCAUGGUAUCGAGGGGUACCUACUCGGUGUCGUCGGUAUUUACGGAUGAUGACAAGCACAUACAUCUUAAGUGGGAUUGGACCUUCGAGAUCAAGAAGGACUGGGCAUAAGACAUACCACACACACACACA